AGAUCAUCAACAAGUUAGACACAAAUGUGUCACGCAAAUUCACGGUUAGGAAGCGUCGCAGACUCAUAAUUGUCUUUCUAGGAAUGAUACUAGAGAAUGGAUGAUCCACGACACGAUGAUAUGGUAUUUACAUCAUCCACAACUGAUAAAGACUUUGGAGCUCUUGUUUCUAUCAAUGGUACAGUGGAGAAACCCCAAUCAGAUUAUUGUAAUGAAGUAAACGACAAACUUCGUUUAGCUGAAGAUGUAAUAAAAUGUCUGGCUGAAAGAUGUGAAGAACUGGAAAGUUUAAGCGAAUAUCUUCCGUGUGUUAGAAAAGAAAUUCGUGGCCAAAUAGAACAAAGCAUGCAAAUGAUACAAAGGUCUGUAAGUGAAAGACACGACUAUCUGUUGAAUGAACUUGAUUCUUGUUUGAGUGUGAGAAAUGAAGCUAUAAAUAAGUUGCAUACGGAAUUCGAGACUCGACUUCAAAGACUAUCUUCACACGUCGAUCUUUUGAAAAGACUUUUACAUACACAACCCACUAAUGAAAUCUCCUAUCAAACUCAAAAGGUUAUUCAAAACACAGUUGCUACUCAAAAACAUAAAGCUGAGAUCGAAAAGCUUAUUUCUGCCCCUGUACCUUUGCACCCAUCUGAAACUGAUACUAUGUCAUUCUUUCCCACUGAUUUAGAUCAGGUUUUGAGUAUGGUUAAGUGUGUUGGCUCUCUCGGCUUAACUGCAGUUGAUGCUCAAAAUACGAGCUUAUCUGAUAACUACUUGGAUCAUUUUGUCUCAGUCAGACGCUGCCAAGCGAACGAAGAAGUCAAAGUCGAUAUUAUCACUAAUGACAGGUUGGGCCGUGCAGUAGCGAAUGCAUCCAGUAAGGAAUUUUCAGUCCUCUUAACUCAGAAAAACAUAAGUGAAAUGGAGGUUGGAAUUCAAGAGAAACAAAUAUCAGACAGCGGUUCUAGUCUUUCACUUUAUAGCAAUCACAAUGGAAAUAACAUUCAAGGAAAUAAUUUACAAGUUGUUUAUAAAAUUUCUCAUCCUGGUUUGUACGAUCUUAGAAUUAAAUUAUUUGGUGAACACAUAAAAGGAUCUCCUUAUUGUAUAAGUGUUGAUACUCCUCCUAAAGCAAGUCUACAAGCAAUAUCUGAAACAAUGAGAGAGAUUAGUGAAUUACCACGUCGUACACUACACAGAAUGCAAUCUAGAAGACGUUGUCAGUCUGAACCUGCUUAUUCAAAUCUAUCUGAUCAGCCAACAGCAUUAGCUGAUCUACAUAAAAUGGAAAGAGGUGACUUUUUAUAUUCCGUUGGUACAAAAGGAAGAGGUAAUGGUGAAUUUGCGAACCCAUCUGGAAUAUGUAUUACAAGAGAAAAUAAAAUACUUGUCGCUGAUAGUAACAAUGCAUUUAUUCAAGUUUUUACACUUCAAGGUCAAUUUAUCUUUCGUUUUGGAGAGUAUGGAUAUCACCCUGGUCAGUUAAUGCGACCGGUUGAUGUAGCAGAAACAAUCAAUGGGAAUUAUCUGGUUUCAGAUUAUGAUUUACACUGUGUGACGGUAUACAAUACAAGUGGACACUACAUGUCUAGAUUUGGCCAACGUUACCUCUCUGGUCCUAAAGGUAUGGUUGUAGACAGUCGUGGACGUAUUGUGGUAGUCGAUCAAAAAUCUUGUAUGAUUUGUAUUUUUAAGCCAACUGGAAAGUUUAUCAAUCGCUUCGGUGCACGCGGUCUAGCUGAUAAUCAUUUUGGCAAUCCAAUAUUUAUAGCUGUUAAUUCACGAGAUGAAAUAUUUGUCUCAGAUCAUGUACAUCAUUGUAUUAAAGUAUUUGAUGUAAAUGGACUAUUUUUAUUUAAAUUUGGAGUGAACGGAAUUGAUCCGGGUAUGUUACAUGCUCCAACAGGUAUUGGAUUUGAUCGAUUUGACCAUAUUUAUAUCAGCGACUGGGGGAACAAUCGGGUACAGGUAUUUGAUCAAACUGGAAACUAUUUACGUAUGAUUGACAGUAAACUGGAGACAUUAAGCGGUCCUCAAGGUUUGGCGCUGCAUCAAGUAUCCAAUAAACUUCUUGUUGUAGAUCCAGGCAAUUAUUGUUUCAAGGUAUUCAAUGCCAAUUCAACAAAAGAUCAAGGCCGACAAUCAUCCAUAUUCGUCAGUCGGAGUUAGUGGUUUGAUGAUCACAAAUUUGAAAAAAAAACAUUGAGAUUUCAAUAAUGCCUUUCUUAUAAUUAUAAAACUAAGCUUCCUUAAUCCUACCUUUCUCUCCUAUGUACAAAAGAUGACCUAAUGGAGCAAUUUUUCUUUGUAUAGGAUACUUUUUAUGAAUUUCCCUUGGAGAUUACAAGAUUUUCAUCAUAAUAUUCUUUAUCACGAAUUUAAUCAAAUUUAUUUGAAUAUUUGUGUAUGCAUUUAUAUUUAAGACAUGGUGACAUAUACCUCACAUUUUGUCAGAAUAUAUGAACACAUUCAUUGAGAAAUCGCUCAGCAUGAUUAUUGCUCAGCUCAAUGGCUUUUUAUUAGUUACCUGGAUUUAAUUAACUUUCAAUAUUACUCAAAAUACUUGAUUUACUGCAAAAUUUAUUCUUAAAUAUUCAUUUGAAAUAAGUAGAGUAAUAUAUAAUUGGUAGGUUGAAUUGUUUCUAGCUUCACUUAACAUUUCUCAAAGAUGAUUUAAUGCAUAAACUUCUAGUCAUAGGUUAUUAUGUAAAUAAAAUUACAAAUGAUUUACAGUCUUUCUGAAAAGAAAAUCUAUGUUAGAGCUCAUAUUAAUUUAUCAUAAAUACAUCAUUUAUCAAAUGUAAUUAUUGGGAACUAACUUCAAUACUCUGUCAUAAUGUGCAAAAUAUUAAUUGAUAAUUUGAAAUUCAUUUGAUUUUCAUUAAUCUUCAGAUAUUUCAUUGCAUGCCAACUGGUCAUAGUGUAUUUAAUUUCCAGGCAUGUUCAUUCUAUCUCAUACGUUUGUACAUAUGGUAAGAGAAGAACAAAAUAAUGAUCGCGUACUCAGUUGUUUGGUUCUCUUGUUUGUUAUUUAGCUGGGGAUGCUUAAUAAAUU